UGGUUUUGCUUCAGAAGUUAGAUUCCAAGUGAGGAUCAGCUGAAGUCUAAGCUGGAAGUGAAACCAUAAGAACCCGAUCGAGAACUUGUUACAUAUGCAUAUCUGAUAUCAACAUCUCAGUAACAGUGAGUGGCAUAAAGUCUACAUAUAAAUGGAGGGCAAAAUUGCAUUGAAAAAAUUGCUGGAAGUUCAGGAAAAGGCAUACGUUAAUGAUACAGAUGCAAUCAACUGGACUGAGGAACCGUCCAUUAAAAAUACUCUAGGAUCUAGUCUUCUCAGUUUGAGUCUGAAUAACUUGGAGCCUCCCCAAAAUCAUGAGCAACAGAACCUGAAUCAAUUGGGCUUGCUGCAAAUUGAGUUAGAGGAGGUGAAGAAGGAGAAUCAGAAUUUAAGGUCAAUGCUAAAUGAGAUCUCUGAACACUACGCUGCUCUUCAGAAUCAGUUAUUGUUGGCGAUGCAGCAGAAGAAACUAUCUUCAUCACCUCGAAAUAAUGAGGACAUGCAGAAGGACAGCCAGCAGAAUAACAUGGAGAAACCAGCGUUACCCUCCUGCAGGCAGUUCUUAAAUACUGGUAAAAUCAAUAACAGGGUAAUAUUACAAGAAGCAAAAAUCGUAGAAGAGCAAGCAUUUGAGGCUUCUUGCAAGAAAGCUAGAGUGUCCGUAAGAGCGCGAUCAGAAUCAUCUUUGAUGGGUGAUGGGUGUCAAUGGAGAAAAUAUGGACAAAAGAUAUCAAAGGGCAAUCCUUGUCCUCGGGCCUAUUAUCGCUGCAACAUGGGAACUGCAUGUCCAGUUCGCAAGCAGGUUCAAAGGUGUGCUGAAGAUGAGAGUGUUGUCAUCACAACCUAUGAGGGGAAUCAUAAUCAUUCACUCCCACCAGCAGCCAGGUCCAUGGCGUGCACAACAUCAGCAGCACUGAAAAUGUUCCUUUCUGGCUCAACCACUAGUUCACAUGGAAGCACUUAUUCUUAUUCAAAUUCAGACCUCUUCUCUCCACUAUGCACUUCUACCUACUAUCCAUCUGCAGCACCAUCAUGUCCAACUAUAACUUUGGACUUAACCCAAACCUCUAAGAACAACAUGAAAUUCCCAAGUGCUAUUUCUUCAAACCAUUUGCAACCUUUUCCACUUUCAUUGCAUGGUCAACCUCAACAAUCUGAGGGAAUAUUACCUUCAGAGAAAAACCUUGCCUUGGUGGAUGUUGUCAGUGCUGCCAUAACCAACGAUCCUUCUCUUAAGGCAGCAUUAGAAGCAGCUGUUUCCUCAAUCAUUGGAGACUCUCAGAAAUCACUGCCAACUUUGUAGGAGUGAUAAUGACCCCUCUUCUAAGAUGUCUGCAGUAUCACAGCCUCGGCUGUGCAGCACUACGGAUCAAUUGAUUUAGAGUUGAUAAUAAUUGUCAAGAAAUUAGUAAAUUAAGCAAGCAAGUCAGUUAGUUUGACUUGCCUGCCAGAAGAGGAGAUAUGCAUAAGCAUGUUUUAUAUAUAGUAAGUUUAAUAUCAACAUGGUGAGAUGUAGUUGGCAUAUAAAUGCUCCUUAAUAUGUAGUCAGGAGCUUAAUCCGCAAGUCUAUUUUUAUUGAAGAAUAUCUGUUCGGAAAGGUCAGUUCCUUGAAUCAAUCUUCUACUUCGAGAGAUUAGUAUCUUCUGGCCAGAAAAUAUCCUGGACACCCAAAAUAUAUGCCUGUUUGUAUAGCAAGUGUAAUGAGAAUUGAGAGAAUCCAUGUUCAUAAAAUAAUAUAUGAAUUGGUCCUUGAACAAAUAUUAUGAGGAUACAUUACUCAA